GUGGACUUUGAGCUGCUGUCAGAGAACCUGGUCCAGCUGGAGAGACGCUGCAAAGCAUCAUGGGACAACCUGAAGGUGGUGGCCAAACACGAGACCAAAGCGGUCCUGAAGAACAAGAUGACGGACUUCCUGAAGGACUGUACGCAGAGGAUCAUCAUCCUGAAGGUGGUCCACAGGAGGGUCAUCAACAGGUUCCACUCCUUCCUGCUGUUCCUGGGUCAGCCGUCCUCGUCGGUUCGGGACAUUAAAGUCACCAGUUUCUGUCGGAUCAUCAGUGAGUUCUCUCUCGAGUAUCGGACCACCAGAGAGCGAGUCCUCACCCUCAAACGCAAACGAGCCGCUCACAGAGAGAGAACCAAGACCAGAGGCAAGAUGAUCACCGAGACGGAGAAGUUUUCGGGGGCGGUGCCUCACCAGGACAGCUCCUCCCCAGUCUCCAUGGCGGCGGAGGCGGAGCCUGGUCAGGAGGAGGAGCAUGAGAACAUGAAGAACCUGCUGAUCAGCAGCAGCGACAGCUUGAGUGGCGAGCAGAGAGGACUGAGACGCUCCAGAGCCGUCCGCAGUCUGGGCAGGGUGAGUCCGUCUCAGAUGUCUGUAGCCAGAGAAGACGGGACCGUCUCCCAGGACGAUGCCACCGACGAGAUCAUGGAUCGACUGGUCAAAUCCGUCACCCAGAAUCCUUCAGACAGACCGUCCAGCCCCAAGACCCGCAAACGGUCUCGGCUGAACAGGAAAUCAC